AGAGAGCAGAAUGCAAGUCACGUAAGUGCGGAGAGCACACUUGUCAAAUUUGGAAAAUGGCUGACAUCCAAUAUUUAGGGGAGGGGAAACAUGUUUGAUAGUGUUAAGUGAGAAGUUGAUAAGCAAAGACAGAUGGCAUUGUCAUCGGAUAGUGAGUUGGAUGAAUUUGUAGAUGCUUUAGAUGAAACGCCAGAUACAAGUAAUGUCAGUCAGCCAUCAUGGCCCCCUCGUGUGGAGUCCCCUGUGGAACAGACGGACGAUGUGGAAGAAGAGGAGAAAAGGCUGCUGAAAUUACAAAAGAAAGCAGAAGAAAGAAGAAAAAAAGAAGAUGAAGAAAUCCGGAAGAGAUGGGAAAGUGUUCAGAAAAAGAAAGAAGAGGAAAGAGUGCAGCAGAUUCAAGAGGAGAAAUGGCGGACAGAGGAGAUGGCUCGCAGGCGUAAGCUAGAACAGAUGAGACAGCGUAUGUUGGAGGAGUCGAGUUCAGCGAAGCACGGGUCUUCCUCCUCCACAGACGAGGAUGAAGGACUGUUUGUGGAUGGAUCAGAACACACACCAAAGCAAAACCAAACCCACAACGUCGUGGCUCAUCAGUCAAUCAGGAAACCAGACUCAGAGCAACAAGCCAGAACAAAACCUGUCAGUAAAGACACAGACUUACGUGUAAGUGGUACGGCGACUCCGCCAAAUGCCAAGCACGACAAAUUGGCUGAAACAGGUCCAGCUGAAAAGAAGGCUCCCGUUUUACUACUCACUACUCCACCGUCUGCAGGCAAGAAAUCUUUUCCUACAGAGACUCCGGCCGACUCUCAUGGCUCUAGUCAUCGUGAUCAUGGGGAACGUAGUGGUCAUGAGGAGACAUUAAGAUCGGCAAACGUCUCCCAGGGGCCAGGUGUGAUCAGACCCACCCCCAGGAUACUGUGUAAGGACUCUGAGACAGAGGGCGCUGUGGGGGGUACAGAGGUGUCUGGGGACACACCCGUGUUUGUGGAUUCAGAUCUAACACCUGAAGAACCUGAUAUUGUGAAAAGUGCCAAACCUCGACCUCCUAUGCCUUCCAUGCUUCUGCCGCCGGUGGCGCCCCCUAGGAGGAAAAAGAAACGUGAUGACAGCUCUAGUGGGUUUUCCUCAGAGGACAGGUCAUCAACGAACUCUGACCUGUUAAGCCCCGGCCUUCCCCCGAUGGUCCCAACCCCGACCUCUACAGUGGAGAGUCUGACCCGGGAACUGGAGAACUCCCUGGACAUUCAGAGUGCUAUAGGCGGGAGACGACACAUCAAUGCCAAGGACGCUGAAAUAGGGGCAGUUAACUCUGACCACAGUUCUCCUGUAUCAGAGACAGAUCAGGCAGGGUCUGAUGCUGCCAGUCUGAAAAAGCAGGCACCACCAAGUGGAUCACAGGAGAACAAGGAGAAGACAACUGGAGGUGGUGGGACGCCUGAUGACCCUGAACCCAUGGGCCGGCCCAGAUCUAACUCGGGCAGGUUAUUGACAGAUGAGGAAAUCCUGGAGAUGGUAAUUGUGGUGAAUCUGGACACGGGGGAGAAGGUGCCCCUUAACCUGGCUGAGGAUCCCUGCCCCAAGUGUGUUAACCCUCUGUCCCUACACAUCAUGAGGAGAACCCAGGAAUACAGGAGUGAUAGCAGUUUAAACAAAGAUCAGGUGAUGACAGAUGAGGAAGAUGUGAAGUCUGACAGUGAGAAAAGCACAGCUUCCUUAGAAACAUCAGCCAAAAGAAAAGCUACAAGGAUAAAGAAAUUCUUGGGGAAGACCAUGGUGAAAACUGUGAGUAAGGUGAAGUCUGUGGCUGACCAAAGUAAGAAAGUGUUACAGGGGGAUGAUGUAGAAGAGGAAGUGUCUGUGGAUGGGAAGCGGUUCAAGUUUAAAGCCUGCAGCCACAACAAAGGUCCUUACGAUUUCCAACAGUUCAGGAUACUGCAGGAUUUAGGAGGCGAGCACACGGGAGCUGUGUGGACAAUGAAGUUUUCACCAUGUGGAAGGCUCUUGGCUACUGGAGGUCAAGACAACAUUCUGAGGAUCUGGGUGCUGAAGUCAGCCUGUGCUUACUUUGAGGACUUGAGACAUAAGUAUUGUGAUGUGAAAGUGUCACCGUGUCCAUCUCCGGCUCCAUCAGUGGAGAGUCUGAACUCACAGCAUUCUUCAGAGAGCAACUCCUUCACGGAUGGGACAGGGGUGAGUUUGUCUGGGGUCAGGGGUCAGGGGUCAUGGGGGGCCCUGGGAGGAUCCUUUGAAGAGGACAAACAUGUGCAUGUGCCUUUCGUGAGGAAGCCAUUCUGUACCUACAGAGGUCAUUCUGCUGACCUUCUCGAUGUCUCCUGGUCAAAGAAUUAUUUUAUUUUGUCAUCUUCGAUGGACAAGACAGUGCGACUCUGGCACAUCUCCAGGCGAGAGUGCUUGUGUACAUUUCAACACAUCGACUUUGUCACAGCCAUUGUCUUUCAUCCUCGUGAUGAUCGGUACUUUUUGAGUGGUUCGCUGGAUGGCAAACUUCGGCUGUGGAACAUUCCGGACAAGAAGGUGACCUUGUGGAACGAGGUCAGUGGGCCGUCCAACCUCAUCACCACCGCCAAUUUCUGUCAGAACGGCAAAUUUGCUGUGGUGGGAACCUACGACGGCAAGUGUAUCUUCUACAGCACAGAUCAACUGAAGUACUACACUCAGAUUCAUGUCCGAUCUACACGAGGAAAGAAUGCUCGGGGACGUAAAAUUACAGGCAUCGAACCAAUGAUAGGCGAGGACAGGGUGCUAGUGACCUCAAACGACUCGCGUAUUCGCCUGUAUGACCUGAGGGACCUGACCUUGACCUGUAAAUAUAAAGGUUGUACUAACAACAGCAGUCAAAUCAAGUCAAGCUUUAGUCCCAAGAGUAAAUACAUCAUCUGUGGUUCUGAAGAUCACUUCAUCUACAUCUGGAAAGCACACCACGAGUUAUACAAGUUCUCCUCAGCACGGAGAGACCGCAAUGACUUCUGGGAAGCCAUCAAAGUGCAUAAUGCUGUGGUGACUGCUGCUAUCUUUGCUCCCAACCCCAGCCUGUUUAGUCCGACCAGUGAGGUGUCUGGUUUCAAACAGCAGACGGUGCAGGAGAGCUUCCCAGGGGAGAUAAUUGUCAGUGUGGAUUUCACAGGAACGAUCAAAGUUAUCCAGAACACACCAACACACAAUGUAUGAAAUGAUCAAAUUGUAUGUAAAUUAAAUUGAAUAUUAUAUUUAAUCAUCUUCAGUAAGAUAUCAGAUAUUUUAAAGAUAUAUUUACUACUUUAAUUCUAACUCAACUGCUGUCCUGUAAGAUUUGUAGUAUAUUUUUCAGUGAUGUUGUCAUAUAUUGGUGAUCUGGUGAUCAAACUGUAUAUUAUCUACAUUAUAUGAUUAUGCAGUAUAUUACUGCAACACGACAGACAGAAAUCCUGUACAUAUAGUCUUCGAUGCCUAUGAAAUCUCUGCAUGAAAGCCUUCUGGUGUAAAAUAUCUCUCUUUCUUUCUUACCUGUCAGUGGGUUUUCUGUAUACCUGUCAAAGUAAUGACCAACAUAGAGUUACAGUAUCAUUCAAUAGUGGAUUAAAAUUGUAAAUUGCUCAGUAUCUUUAUAAUAGUUUGCAUUUUUGUUUUACAAAGAAUUGUUUGCCAAAAUUUGUUGAGGUCAGAGGAAUACUUUUUACUUUGAAUGCUGUGUGUUUCAUUGCCAGCAGUUUUUUGACAAUCAUUGCUGAAUGUUGUAAAAUUCAUGUUUUGUUGAAGCUACAAUUGAGAAUUUGAGAUUUAGAAACAUUUCACCUGCCAGACAAACUGAAUUUUGGAAUUUUGUUACUGAAGGGACAGCUAGAUUAAAGUUGUUGUAUAUACAUGUAAACGAUUUGCACUAGCAGCCAUGUUGGAAUAUGAACAAGCAGCUUGCAUUUGCCACUGUCUCUGCUGGAGCUCCUGGUGUACGGUACAUUCUCAAUAAUUACAGACGCAUUUUCGGAAAUGGAGUAUGAUG